GGAGGAGUGGUGCUGCUGGAGAGGGAGUGGUGGCGGUGGCGGCGGCGGCGGCGGGGCUGGAGGACAGGCAGUGGCAGUCAGUAGGUGGACAGGAUCCGUAUGAGGCGUAUCGCUGCCUCGCGCCUUAGAUGGGCCGCCACGAGCCUGCCUGCCUGCUUACCUGUCUGCCCCACGCGCCGUCCACCUGCCUGUCUAGACCACACAGGCUCCCACGGAAUACACUCCACACCCUGGCGGCGCCACAUUUUCUUAGCUAAACCGGACUGAAUAUAGAGAAAAAAGGUUUAUGGAGACGGCUCGGUGGACUUACAGCCAUGAAUAAGACUAAACCCCCGGGCAAAAGAGGAGGGCGAGUGAGGGAGUGAGGGGGAAGAAGGAAGUAGGAAGAAGAGAGAAAGGAGGAGAAGGAGGAGGCGGAGGUGGAGAAGGAGGAGAGGGGGAAGUGUUGAGGAGGGAAGGGAGCUAAGACAAACUGAGACAAACCCCUCCCUUCACCUCCCCCAACGCAACCUAACCUAAAGAGGGGAAAAGAAGAUCCGUUGAGGGGCUACCUGGUCACCCCCCCCGCUCCCCCCCCCAGCCCAGCACGUGCUUCCCAGAAUCCCCAAACAGCAGGUGUGUGUGCCGUGAAGAUGGACCGCCUGCUACUACUGCACGUGGCCGCCCUGCUGUUUCUGGCACGAGGUGUGUGGCCGUACAGCGACAAGACGGUGGAGAUCGUGGAGCUGGUGGUGCCGGAGUCCCCCAAGGUGGGCGACGACGUGACGCUCACCUGCCGCUUCAACCUGGUGGGCAACAACCACCGCCUCUACACCGUCAACUGGUGGCGCGGAAAGGACCAGUUCUACACCUACAAGGGCGCGGCGCACAACAACCCCAAGCACGCCUACACCUUUAAAGGGAUCAACGUGAAGGAGGAGGCGUCGACGGAGGAGUCAGUGGUGCUGCAGGACGUGUCGGAGGAGACUUCGGGGCUGUUCAAGUGUGAGGUGAUGGGCGAAGGUCCCUCCUUUCGCACCGCCGUAGCCAACAAGACCAUGACCGUCGUGAUUCCGCCGUCAGAAGUCAAGAUCAUCACGCGGCCGGCCGCCAACCCGCCCGUGUACCACAUCGGCGAGCGGAUACACAUGAACUGCACAGCGAGCAGGGCCAAGCCUCGCGCCGCCAUCUACUGGGAGAUCAACGACCUGCCGGUCAAUGAGCGCGACGUGCAGUCACGGGGUGGCUACGAGGACCACCGGGGACGCGUCACCUCCACCCUCAGCCUGUCCUGGGACCCCCCGGCCUACUUCAAGGACAGCGUGGCGCGGGUGGCGUGCCACGCGGUGGUGGGCGGCCACAAGACCACCAUCACCAAGGACAUCUACCUCGACCCCGCCUCCAGCGCCGCCCUCAACCACCUCUACGCCUCCAAAGGUUGCCAGUUGUCAGCCGCUUGGACGCUGCUGGGGUUGGCGUCCCUUGCGCUCACCCGUCGCUCCCUCUAGCACGUCUCAACAUGUUCUGGAUGGAAGCACGUGUGAAGGAGGCGACAGGACGGGAUAAAGGAGAAGGAGGAGGAGUUAAUGGAACGGAAAGGAGCGACGAAUGUGAUAACUGUAGCCAAGUCCCUCGUUAUUGACUAAAAAUGAGAGAGAGAGAGAGAGAGAGAGAGAGAGAGAGAGAGAGAGAGAGAGAGAGAGAGAGAGACGAUUACUACGACCCUAUGUACAGUUGGUUAUUUCAUGGGCGUGAUUGACUGUUUCACAUUUAAUUCGCUACUCAGGUGCAGGGUAAAGAAAAAAGGGCUAAUGUGUUUCUCUGUGUUUGUGUUUGUUUCUGUGUUUGUCUGUCUGUUUGUCCUUCUCUUCAGCCCUCCCCCUACCACUACCCCCACCACCACCACUACCACCACCAACCCCAACUUUCAAUAUUUUAGUAAGACUGGUUUGGUACGUAACGACGACCGCUUACAAGUACAUAAAAAAGGCGAACUAUUGCGAGAUAGUUUCAGUUCAUCAUUUUCCUUCCCUUCCCGAAACAGCGAAACUCUUGAGGAAACACUGACGGGGCAAAGCGAUAAUAAUAAAACAGGAAACAUUCGCAUUAUCUGUCGUAAAGAAAGAUAAUGGUGGUCAUAAAGAGGAAACGAGAGAGAGAGAGAGAGAGAGAGAGAGAGAGAGAGAGAGAGAGAGAGAGAGAGAGAGAGAGAGAGAGAGAGAGAGAGAGAGAGAGAGAGAGAGAGAGAGCGUGUAUGUAUGUUUGUUUAACUACAAGGAAUAUUUGAAACAAGAAAAUAUCCUCUUUUAACUUGCUCUCAAACUCUCUCUUCCUCUUCCUUCUCCUUCCUCUUCUCCCUCCUCUCAACAUCUGUAACCUGUGUAUUCAUUGGGAACUUAGCGUUGUCAAGUGGUCAAUAAGAUCAAACUCAGAAGAACAUGAAUUUACAAAAUAUUGGAAGAAAAAAAUGUUCUCCCGUCAAGAAAAGCUCCCAGAAGUGACGCCUCAAAAUAAAAAUAACAAGAAGAAAUCCGUAAGAGGAGUCAGAUCCCAUAUCAGUGAAUCCCCCAAAACUAAAAAAAAAAAUAUCUCCCCUUAGAGAUGAAUCCCUAACAAGUGGAAGCUUCGAAACGUGUUACUCCAUUCCUCAUCACCACCACCACUGUCACCACCACCACCAGUCCAUCAUCACACACCAGAUCACCCAGCCUUCAACUCUCCCCCACCUCCCAUCAACGCCGCUGGGACCUACACAAAAGAAACUGAGCAUUCGUUCUCUGUUGUAAGCCAAGGCAUACAAACUGUGGUGGAGGCGAUAUGGAGACGCGCUACAUCUUUCCAUCCGCAGCAAAGUGGCGCCGGAGAUUGAGACUAUAAUAUAUGGACUUAGUAAACACCGAAGGACGAAGUAAUGUGUUGAGUGUUAAAAGAUAAAAACAAAACAAAAGUAGACCAGAUAUACUGAAAAUAGAAAUCCUAACCUAAUUACAUGUUCGCUAUAGUUGUGUGGCAGGGUGACUACGGAAGGGAAAAGAUAAAGUAUAUAGUGUGUGUCAUGAUUGUGAUAUACAGAAGGAGAAAAUUACGAGGGAACCGUAACAAAGAGUAAUCGCCGCACAUCCACGUGUAUGUUGGCCCUGGUCUCGUGUGCUGAGGUGUGGCGGUGAGAAAGGAAAGGACGAAGAAAUGUGUUAUGAUCAUACUGAAGGAGCAGGACCAAGACCUGUGUGUAUGAUUAUGUAUGACAAGGAAAAAUCAUGACAGUGACCCAACAACCAUGAAAGAGAAACUAUUCCCUCUUAACUACAUGUUCGCUAUGGAGAUAUAUGCUACUGUGUACUACGCUAAAAUGUGGAGGGGAAAUGUGAAGUGUGCUUAUUACGUAUUUUAAGAGAGUGAAAAAAAAGUAUCGUGACUCCGAAGAACAUGUGCUUGGUGAGUCUCUUAUAUGGUACACUUUGACCUGUGCUGAAGAGAAACGAUGAGACAAUGAGUGCGUAUGUAAAUAAGGUGUUAGAGCAUUUUCUUUUCGUGUUUGUGUGAAUCGGUGUUGCUCAUCAUGCAAGUGGCGCCACCUGGACUCUAUACCUGUUGAUUACCUAGACAGUGACACACCCACAUCACCGACACACCUUUCGUUCACGGUGUUCUGAUUGAUGUUACUACUAUUAUUACUUUUAUUAUUAUUAUUUUUAUUGUUGUUUUUUAUAGUCAUUAUUAUCAUUACAUAUUAUUAUUACUAU